UUUGGCCAGCUUCCUAUGGCCAGCUUCAUGGGGUGGCAGCCAACGCUAUGCAUGGGAAAUUCAAGCCACUGCAGGUUCAUGAAUCACCGUGUCCCAUCCAACUGCAGGUACCAGCCGACGGAGUACGAGCACGCAGCCAACUGUGCCACCCAUGCAUUCUGGAUCCUGCCCAGCAUCCUUGGCAGCUCCAUCCUCUACAUCCUCUCUGAUGACCAGUGGGAAACUAUCUCAGCCUGGAUCUAUGGCUGUGGCUUGUCCAGCCUCUUCAUUGUCUCCACCAUCUUCCACACCAUCUCCUGGAAGAAGAGGCAUCUCAGGACGGUGGAGCACUGCUUGCACAUGUUUGACAGGAUGGUGAUCUACUUCUUCAUCGCAGCAUCAUAUGCUCCCUGGCUGAACCUGAGGGAGUUGGGUCCCUGGGCUUCCCACAUGCGCUGGAUCAUCUGGAUCAUGGCAUCUGUUGGCACCGUCUAUGUUUUCUUCUUCCAUGAGCGGUACAAGCUGGUGGAGCUGGUGUGCUACGUUAUCAUGGGCUUCUUCCCUGCGUUGGUCAUCCUCUCCAUGCCCAACAGGGAUGGCCUCCCGGAGCUGGUGGCCGGUGGAUUCUCCUACUGCCUGGGCAUGGUCUUCUUCAAGAGCGACGGCCGCAUCCCCUUCGCCCAUGCCAUCUGGCACCUCUUUGUGGCCAUUGGAGCUGGCAUCCACUACUAUGCCAUUUGGAGGGCACCCCAGAGUCCCCAAGCACUGCAGAACCCUUUCUCUCAGCCAGUAUUAGGUGCACAACUCAGUACAUCCCCCCCGAACGGGCCCGGGGAGCCCACCAGGAUGUUUUGUCCUUGGGGUGCUUUGUUUUCCUCUCCAAUCUCAGUGCCGUGGCACAUUCAAAGCACAGCCCCGCUCCCAGGCUCUUGCCUGUGCCUUCAAGCAGGGAGCAGAGGGGGGAUCCGGAUCCCAGCAUCCGCCUGGCUGGGGUCAGCCCAUCCACAUCAGGGGAUUUUUGUUCUCCUUGAGGGAGGGAAGCAAACCUCCUUGGAUUGGGAUCACGGGGCUGCCUGCCUUUUCUGCUCCCAUUCUGGUGGUGAGCCUAUUGCCCAUCAUCAUUAACUCCGCUCCUGGGAGGAUUUCUGGCGUUCCCAGAAUUGAUGUAGGGGAAAGAUGCCUCUGCGCGAUGCUUGGAGGUGAGCUGAAUGGGGAGGUCCUAGUGAUGCUCGGCUAUUAAACACCUAACCACAGCUCCACAGUGCUGCUUUCCAGGGUACGAUAACAAGACAUGGAGCACCCAUUCAGCCAUCAGAAGCAGCCUGAUAGUGCUGGAAUGGGAAAACCACACUGGUCCUGCUCCCCAGGCUGCUGGAGCUGUUAAGGACUGGUCUGUGCUGGGACCCCGCACAACAUCGCUGCUCUCACCCCUGCCUGCACAGUCCUCAGGAGCCCCUGGAGGCAUCGAUUUCCCAUCAGCUCUUUUCGGCCUCUUGAUUAAUUGUGGCUGCAGCAGCCUUGGCACAACGGGGCAAACGAAGGAGAUUUAUGGCCACUGUCCCACGUCUCCUGUUUCUCUGGUAGCCAAGGAGCUGAGCUCCAGGCUCUGCUCCGUCUCCCACAGAGCUUAGGUCUCCCCAGCCUGCAUCAUCCCAGGACCAGCUCUGUAUCGUCCAUCAAAUGACCAAAGAGACAGCAUCCAGAUGCUCAUCCCCUCCUGACUGUGGCUGUGGUCACCAGGGCAACAAAAGAAUCCUGUGGGUUUUCACUUCCAUAGGCACAAGGUUCCUAUAAGGGGCUCUAGGUGCAUGCCUCUGCCAUAGGGCUGCUGGGGGGUCUCUACCCAGGGCACCCCAAAUCAGCCUUUGGGCUGGGUCACCCCUUGGGGUGAUGGGUGGUCCUAAGGGACAGGGGAUGAAUGACCCAGUGUGAGCCCAGUCUCUGCUGCUGCAUGUCCCAAGAUCCCAUGUCCAAUCCCUUGCUCCAUCAUCUGCUGCAGAUGGAGGGUGGAGGAUAAGCUGUGAGUAACCAGCAGUUGGUGGAGCAUUUUGGGGGUUGAAAUAGCAGGAUAGGAGGUCCCAGAACAGAAGAUGCUAUUUUUUUCUGCCUGGCAAGUCUUUACCCUUCUCCGUGCCUCAGUUUCCCCAUCUGUAAAAUGGGGGAGAAGACAGCAACCUACCUCACAGGGCUCAUGUGAGGACCCUGUGGAGCACCUGAAGGACAACCAGUGCUUUACAAACGCGUGCUUCAACUUUAACCAAGGGGGGGGGACACCAGAUUCCCAGCAUCACCGUGGGGCAUGGUGACAACAGCGGCUCAAUGUGCCUGGCUCUCCUCCUCUUCCAUCACUAAAUCCCACUGGGAACAGGCCAUGCACACAGCAGUCAGGGGCUGAGGAUGCCCAGGGACCACCGUUGCAUUUCGUUCUUCAUCCCAAGGGAUGAAGCUGUUUUGCCAUUGGGGCUUCUGGCUCUAAAUGCAUCCUGGGGGCUCCUGAGUCACAGGGGGGUGCCCGAAGGACCUUUCCGAAGCCACUUUAUCCCAGCCUCCUGCUGAAAACCCAGGGCAGGGCAGAUAUCCAGGUGGGAAUGGGUGGCUGGGCUCCAUUGGGGACAUCGCCACGCUGCCUUGAGCCCAGAUCUGCCAAGUGGGCUUUGCUAUAACUGAUAAAUCCCCCCUCUUUUCUUGCUUCCUAAAUCCUUCCCUUGCAAAGCAGGGAGCACAGAGCAGGUUAUGGGAUUGUCCUCCUGUUUUAUACUAAUCCUAAAUGACUCCUAACGUUGAGGAUGUCUGCGGAGGAGGGUCCGAGGGGCCUUUUUAGCAUCUCACGUUUUCACUGUCCAUUCUUGUUCGAUCAGUCUUUUAUAGUUAACACAGUACUGGGUCAAGGAAACACAAAUGUACGGAAGAUAACGCUAAUGACUAUUGCUUCCUGUGGAGUAGGAUUGAAAUAAAAACUCAAGAUACCUCA